AGAAUAUCGUGAGCCAUCAUUCAGCUCGGUCAAGUUUAUCAAAAGAUCAAUAAAAUUUCAGAUUUUAGAAAAUUUUCCUUUUGUUGUGGUGAAACUGAAAGAUAGAAUUUAAAGGAAAACAAUAAUGAUUUCAGUCUUCAGGAAUUUUAAUAUUCAGAACACUCUUAAUAAGAGAAAUUGUUCCCAUUUUUGGGAGCAUUUGAGGUGUAUUUCCAAGGCAAGUGUGGUUACUGAUUCUUACUGUUUGAAGAAGAAUGAGGCAUCUUUUAAAUCUUUGGAAUCUGGUGACAACAUGAAAACGAUAAGACAACUGCAAAUAAAGGAAUAUUCUACAUCAACCUCAACUGCUAAAUCUAAGGAAGAAAGUCAAAAGUUUUUUUCAUACUUUCCAGGUAUUGUUCAGGAACUUAAAGGGAUAGCAGAAAAAUAUGCGGCUUUCGGAGUAGGAGAGCAUUUUGAACGUGUAUUGGAGUAUAAUCUACAAGGUGGCAAGAAGCUACGUGGGGUAUCUUCGUGGCAAGCUUACCAAUUGCUGGUACCAAAGGAUUCGAUUACGGAAGAUAGUUUGAAAUUAGCAGGAUACCUUGGAUGGUGCAUAGAGAUGCUACAUGCAGCAAUCUUAAUGAUCGAUGACAUAAUGGAUAGGAGUAUAACCAGAAGAGGAAGGCUUUGCUGGUACAAAGUGGAAGAUAUCCAGCUCUCUGCUAUAAAUGAUGCGUUUUUGGUUGACGCUGGAAUUUAUCAGAUUCUGAAGGACCAUUUCAGUCACAUGGAUUGUUAUAUAAAAAUCCUUGAGUUAUUCCACGAGAUUAGUUUCACAACAACUCUUGGACAGUAUUUGGACGCAAAAUCCCAACAACAGGAUGUUCUUAGUUUUACAAUGGAACAAUAUAAAAACAUUGCGAUCCACAAAACAUCUUACUAUGGAUAUUAUCUUCCAAUUGCAUCGGCAUUGCAUUUGGCUGGAUAUACUUCUCCAGAAAUAUUUCAGCAAGCAAAAGAAAUCCUUCUUGAGAUAGGCCUCUUUUUCCAGAUUCAGGAUGACUUUAUUGAUUGUUUCGGGGAUCCAAAAUUAACUGGGAAAAUCGGAACUGAUAUUCAGGAUGGAAAAUGCACGUGGCUUUCUGUAACUUGUGUUCAGAGGGCUACUGAUGCCCAGAAAGAGAUUAUGAAGGAGUGUUAUGGGAAGGAUGACACUGAAGCUAUUGCUAGAAUUAAGCAAUUGUACGAGGAAUUAAGUCUGCCAGAUAUUUAUGCUACUUACGAGAAAGAAUCCUACAACAGGAUCAAGACACAGAUUCAAAAAAUCUCUCAGAAAGUUUCUGGUGACAUCUUUCUUUUCUUCAUGAACAAGUUAUACAACAGGAAAGCUUAAUUUUGACUAUGGGUGAUAACAAAAGAAUAUAUUUAGUUAUUUAGUGGAAGUGUGGCAUGACGCAUGACCUAUUUUUUAUGGGACAAGUUGGAAGGUUACAUAAUGGUGAUGGUAGUUCAUUUGAAAGUUAUUUCGUAUGUUCUUUAAAAUAAAGGUUAAUAAAAAUCACUUUUAGUGUCAGA